AUGUCUUUCUUUCAUUCAUUAUCCUCAUCUCCGUAUUCCGUUGACUUCUUCCAUUCAAUAUUUUCUUUUUUUUUUCAUUCCUUCCUCACUUUUUUCUUCCUCUCUUUUAUUUCAUUGAUACAUUGUCUUCCUUUCUUUCUAUCUUUUUCACGCAUUCGUAUGUUUUACUCUUUUUAUUCCUUUCUCCGUAUUCCCUUCCUUUCUUUUUCCUCUUCCUUCUUUCUCUUUUUUAUUUCUUUCUUUCACUUCUUUUCUGCUUCUUUCUUUCUUUCUUUCUUUCUUUCUUUAUUUAUUUAUUUAUUUGCUCUUUUUAUAUUCCUUCUCAUUUACUCAUUUCUUUCCACCCAUUUUCAUUCUUUCUAUCAUUUUCUGUUCAUCCUUCCUUCCUUCCUUCCUUCCUUUUAUUCUACCUUCCCUCAUUUCUUUCUUUCUUCCUUCCUUUCUUUAUUCCUGCUUUCUUUCCUUCCUUUUCUUUUAUUCAUUCAUUGUUCUUUCCAUUUUUCUAUUUUUGUCCUCGCAUCCAUAUUUUUAAUCCCAAUUUCCUUCCUCCAUUUUUCUUUCUCCGUUUUUCUUUCUUUUCCUUUCUCCUUUCAUUCUCUCUUUUCUUUUCUUUCUUUAUUUUUUCUGCAUUAUUUCUUUUUCUUCCUUCCUUUCCUUAUUUAUUUAUCCUUUUUACAUUUGUUCUCAUUUCCAUCCGUUUUGUUCUUUCUUCAUUCUGUUGUUUUUUCUUCCUUCAUGGCCUUCAUCUUUCUUGACUGCCCUUUCGUUCCUUACUUUCUUUCUCUUCUACGAAUGGUCAUUUAUUUGAGAGAGAAAAAGCAUUUAAAUUUAUCAUUUUUCCCCUUAUCGCCAAAGAAAAUUGAAGCUGAAUUUGGAAAGGACACUUCGAAGGUUUCGAGAAGUUGCUGCACAUUUUAUUGCUUUUUGCACUAA